UAAUUAAAAUAUCCAGGCUUUUACCUCAUACUCCCAAUUCCCAUUUCCUUAUAUGUCCCUAAACGACUAUUAAUAAGUAACGUACUAAUUUGUCAUUUUAUUAAAAGGUAAGGGCAAGUUACGUCCAACUAAACUGCCCCCACAACUACUGCUCUUUUUCUUAACGUUGCCCACCCUUAUAAAGACCAGAAAAGCGGGAGAUGCUCCAGUAACAACCCCACUCAGCCAGAGAGAAGAAAAAAAAGUAGAGAGGGAUUUGAGGGAAAGAAAAACAGAUAAACAUGGAGAGAAACGUGAAGCAGGAAGUUUAAAGAAAAGAUAAGUUGAGAGACAAAAGAGGAUUACUGAGUUAAAACGGAGAGUGAAAGUUCAAAAAAGGAAAAUGACGACGGGAAUAGUGCAAGAGCAAAAUCUAGACAAGCAAAUAGGGAAACAAAUGGGCUGCAUGGCUGGUUUCCUUCAGAUCUUUGAUCGUCACCAUAUUCUUACCGGCAAACGCCUUUACUCUACCAGACGCCUUCCCCCAACGCCGACGCCCGCAAGUGAAACGACAUCGGAGCAAGAGAAGACCGUUGAGUCACCAUCAAUAUCGAGAGAAUCAGAGAAGCAGCUACAAGGUCGAUCAGCACCACCACCGGACUGUUCGAAGCAAUCUCCGGUUGUGUCGGAACUCCGAUCUCCGGUGCCGGAACCGUCUCCUCCGGCGGGUAAUCAAAACAAGACAUCUCUUCCCCUUCCCAUUUUGGAAUACAAAGAAGGCAACGAGAGGUCACUAUGGAAAUUCUCCAAGGAAGCUCCUAGGCUUUCUCUUGAUAGCAGAGCCGUCGUUGAUGCUAAAGGAAGCCUUAAGCCACGAGAGAUCCGUACCAACGCCGUCAUUUUAUCUGCGAACCAGUGCGAAAGCAACAGCCAAGAAGAUGGAGUGGAUGAUAACGACAAACAAAGACGGUCACCUAGCGUAAUCGCGAGGCUCAUGGGACUCGAACCGCUACCGAAUUCGGAUCCCGAACCGAAUAGAAAAUCGGAGCUCCGAAGAUCCGCGUCGGAAGCAAGAGGCAGAGAUCUAUUUCAGUAUCGUUUUAUAGAUGGAGUUAAUUUCCAGUUAAAACAGAGCCAGCAACCAAAUUUCCAAAACGGAGGGGUUUCAAGCAAUGCCAUAAGAGAAAAUGGAGCUAAACAAGAUCGUGUACUAAGUAACAGAUCAGAAGGCUUAAGAAAUGAGAAAGCUGAACCGGUUAAAGCACCGGUUCGAGGAAUAGGCCAAAGGAAAUGUUUCUACAAUUCAGCCGAUUUCUUUCCCGAGCCAAAACAAACCGUUUCCAUCUAUGGAGAGAUUGAGAAACGGCUUAAGCUCAGAGGAAUCGACGAGCCGUCGAAAGAUCUCGAGACUCUUAAGCAAAUCCUCGAAGCUUUGCAACUCAAAGGCCUUUUACACACUAAAAAACCUCCUAACCAAACAAAUAACAGGAACUUUGCUUAUGAACAUGAACAAUCUCCAAUUGUCGUUAUUAAACCGGGAAGAUCACAGGCUUCCGCAGUCAGAAGGAUUGACAACGAUUCACUUCCUUCAAGUUAUAGAUCAAGACGUGGAGCUCGCUGGAACUUGAAUCUUGAAUCGCCGCCGACGAUGAGUCCGAGACGGGACCGGCCGGAGAGUGAAUGGAAUUUACGGAACCAAAGCAGAGGUAGGGGUUCGAUUUCUCCGACGAGGAGUGAAUGUGGCAUCAAGAGUCCUAACAGAAGGCCGUUGAACGUUGAAACUCAAAGGAGAGGGGAUGGUAAUGUGGAGCAGAGAAGAGUAUCUCCGGUGCAGUCCCCUCGGGUUAAUGUGAGAAGAACUGGAUUGGAUCGGACGACAAAUAGAUCACCCAGAAACAGGAAAUCAGCGACUGAGAUUUUUCAGAAUGAAGAGAAGGUAUUUAUCCCAGCGGAGGAUGAAACAUCCACUGUUUCAGAGAGUAGCAUUAGCACUUGUUCUCAAACUGAUACGGAGAGAUCGAAGGUGGAGGAAUACAAGGAAGGAAGGAGCCUUCUGGAAAGGUGUGAUAAGCUGCUUCACAGCAUAGCAGAGAUGACCGCUGCUACGACUGAGUUGCAGCCGAGUCCGGUCUCGGUACUUGAUUCAUCGUUUUACAAGGAGGAGUUGUCUCCUUCCCCUGUUAUGAAACGGAGCAUCGAUUUGAAAGAUCAUCUUGUUGAAUCAGAAGAUGAACUGUGGAGUCCUGCAAUCUCAUCCACUGCAUCAAAGUCCGAAGAUAAAUCAGAUGAUUGUGAUUUUAUCUACAUUUCUGAUGUCCUCAGAGCAUCCAAUUACGUGCCUGAUGACUCUGACGUCUUUUUGUUGCUGGAAAAGCAACAGUAUCUCAAAGGUAAAGACGCCUCCAAAGUCUCUCGACUCCAAAGGAAGCUUAUAUUUGACACCAUCAACGAAAUUCUCAAUCGAAAGAGACAAUUACCUACAUGGAAGGUUAUCUCCUGUACAAAAUCAGGGUCUGGACAGACAUCAUUGCAACAAAUUUGGUCCGAAUUCCAAAAGAUUCGGGAAAGGGACUCGUCGGAUGACUUGUUUGAGGUCAUUUGUGGUGUGUUAAGAAAAGACCUCGCCGGGGAUGCCAUGAACGGUUGGGGAGAUUGCCCUAUUGAGAUGUCCGAAACUGUCCUCGAUAUUGAACGUCUAAUAUUUAAAGACCUGAUCGGCGAAACCAUCCGAGAUCUCGCUGCUUUUGCUGGGAAAAGUAAUAAAAUCCCAGCACCUCGUAGGAAAUUGGUUUUCUGAAAGUGAGGGAUGAAAAAAAGAGAGGCCUUUAAUUAUUCUUCGUGCGCUUUCAGCUCCUUUUUUUUUUUUUUUUUCUUCUAAUU